UUAAAAUUAAGAUGGAGGACAAGGCAGUAGACGAAGAAGGAGACAUGGCUCGUGUGAGGCAUCGCCAGCGGCGUGGGAUGCUGAAGAUGUAUUACGGGGUUGGUGAAGAAUCCGGAAAGACAACAGAAAUCGAUUACAGUGACAUCAAUGGUGCACAUUUCAAACCUGCUGUAUAUUUGGAAAAACUUUUCAAAGAGAAAUCCUUGAACGAUUUGUUUGAUAAAGAAGCAGAUAUAUCGAAACAAAUCAGAUCUUUGGACAGUGAGAUGCAGACCCUGGUGUAUGAAAACUACAACAAGUUUAUUAGUGCAACUGACACCAUAAGAAAGAUGAAGCAUGAUUUCAAGAAAAUGGAAGAAGAGAUGGAUAAGCUUAAGAAAAACAUGUCAACAAUCACAGAUUUCAGUGAAAAGAUAACAGGUACACUGCAAGGAAAAAGGCAACAGAUCACAAAGUUGUCAGGUGUUCAUGCACUACUGAAAAAGCUCCAGUUUUUGUUUGAGUUGCCAUCAAGACUGAACAAGUGUGUUGAGAUGAAACAAUAUGGAGUUGCUGUCAGAUAUUACACAAAAGCAAGAGAUGUCUUGCACCAUUACAGUCAUAUGCCAUCAUUCAACAGCAUUCACCAAGACUGUGAUGAAAUAGUAAAACAGCUGAUUGUUCAGCUGAGAGAACAACUCAGAAAUCCAAAGUCCACGCCCAAACAGUUGGCAGAAUGUGUUGAUCUUCUCCUACAACUGAGGGAACCAGCAGAUGAACUGUGUGAUGAAUUCUUAGCACAUGCACAAGAGAGACUGGAUGAAAAUCUUAAAAUGCUUAAAGUGCAAGUGGAAUUGAAGUUGUCAGGAGAUCUACCAGCAGCCACUGAAGAGGGAGAAGAAAAAGAUCAAGAACAAGAUGAAGAAAGAAAACCAGUGAGACCCAUGGACUUAUUGGAGUUCAUUGACUGUGGCUGUAAUGGCUUCUUGAGUACAAUUUGCUUGGUGAUCGCAUCCUACAAGGAACAAUUCAUUCAAAGGCAGAUGACAGAGCAUGGUCAAGAUCAGCAAAAUUUGGCAAAGAUAGUUACAGAGAAACUAUCCAGUUUCAUUUUAUCAUUGAUGAAUGAAUACUUCAAACUUACAGAAGCCAGGAUUGAACUAGAGUCGGAAACUGGUGACAAUGUACUUUUAGUGCGUGCAUUAGACCGGUUCCACCGAAGACUUCAAGCUGUCCAGAAGCUCCUUCCCGAGAUUGGUGUGGGACGUUCGGGAGCAAACAUAGUGGCCCGGUCUGCUCACAAUAGGGUGAAAGACUACUCGAAAAGCCUUCGACAGCACUUUGCUGUUUGUUUAACAGAUACCAGACAAACAUUGGCAACUCCGUCAGGAAGCGACAAGCCACCUUCCUUGUCGGAUUUGUUGUCUACCAUGACUAACUCUCUCACCAAUCAAGUGAAACUAAUCCUCAGCAGCUUGAAGACCUUCAUUGGAUCAGACAUUACUUUCGCCGUGAAACCAUACUUCCGAGGACCUUUCUGUUCAGAUGAUGUCCGGGAGUGCGUGGUAGUAGAGUUUAUACGUCACGUGCUGCGAUCAGCUAAGGAGUUCUGUGACAUUGGAACAGCUCCUCCUGCUCUUAUUCUUUUGUUAUCGAGAUUAUGUCUUGAUUUUCAAGAAUCAACCAUCUCUUAUAUGCUGAGUCUUACUGACGAGCAAUUUCCAGUAGACGAGGAGCUGGGACGAGGAAGUCUGACAACUUCCGUGUCAGAUCUCGCUACUGAGGCUCGGCACAUUGCGCAGAGCCUUUUGAAUCAUUAUGUGAGGAUGCAAGGGUUAACGAUCUCGCAGAUGAUCCGCAAGAGCGUAGAGACACGUGACUGGCUGAACACAAUUGAACCUCGGAAUGUCCGCGCUGUUAUGAAGCGAAUCGUAGAGGACGUGACAGCUACUGAUGCGCAAGUUGGACAGUUGUACGAGGAGGGAGUGCACAAAGCUCACAGUUCAGACUCCAGUAAGUUCACUUAUACAUAUCCAUCCAAACCAAGCCGGAAUCAGUGGAGCUACACAGCUAGCAGCACGGCGUUCGAUUCUAGUCUUCUCAGUAAUAUUCAGAAGUUGUUCUCUGAGAGAAUCGAGAUCUUCAGUUCGGUGGAAUUCUCCAAGGUCUCUGUAUUAACUGGAAUUAUUAAGAUAGGAUUAAAGACCCUUCUGGAGUGUGUACGACUUCGAACGUUUGGGAAAUACGGUUUACAGCAGAUCCAAGUUGACACGCACUACCUACAACUGUACUUAUGGAGAUUUGUAUCCGAUGAAAAUUUGGUUCACUUCAUGUUGGAGGAAGUGGUGAACAGUACCGUCAAUAGAUGUCUGUCACCAGAACUAAUGGAGCCCAGUGUGAUCGAAGUGAUCUGCGAAAGAGGGUGAUGGUAGAAGAAUGAAAGAAUACUCCCAACUUUCAGCCUUGUACAAGAAUUUGCAAUUACCGGACAGUAUUGGACUUGAGAUGGAAGGUCCAUUAUCAGACUGUCAAAAUACAUACGUACUUCAAUCGAAUUCCCAUCAGGAGGAAUCUGCAUCAACUAGACAAAGAGAGAAAAUCUAGAUAGAGUCAAACGUAUUGCAAGGGCAAGAGUAACAAGCGAGUCGAACAUUUUCAGGUUUAUGCUGGAUAUAAUUUUUCAUUUUCUGUGAAGUUUCAUGAGGUUUUCAAGAUUUCAGCUUUUGUUAAAGAGCUCAAGGUGGAAGUCGCAUUACUAACAUUUUCAGAAAACAAAUUAUGCGUAUACGUAUAGAAAGUAUUUUGAAUAAGACCUUCAAGGGACACAAAUGAGGUGUCAAAGGGUAAUAAAAUAUGUGAUUUCAAGAAUUGGUAAAA